AUGUGGCUUUUAGCUUCUGUGGUUGAAAUGAUCGAAUAUCUGGGCAAUCUCAUAGAGGGCCCACAUCAGCAACCUCAAGCCGAAGCUCUCGAUCACGACGUUAUGGAUGCACCAAGCAUGUCUUUGUCGUCGGGAUUAAGGUUGGCGAUGAUGAGCGAUCGAGCAUCGACAUCGAGCCUCUCCUCAUAA